CACUGCCCACAAUGACUGUCCGCCAUGUUGCGAUAACCUUAAUGUUCCUGGUGGAAACGAAAUAGUUAGCUACAUAGUAUCUUGUCUGAUCAGUUUUGAGAAACAUAACUCAAUGCAGUCAACGUUUAUUUGAAGGUUCUUGUGCAUUCAAGACAUUUCCUCUGUUAUGGCUUCCAGUGUCCAAGAUGAUGAGUUUGAUGAGUAUGACAAGCCGGGCGCCGAGAGGUCGCGCAGAAGAAGAGGAGAGGAGGAUCUGGACAGUGAUUUGGAAGGCGACUUACUUGAAGAGGACUGGCUUACAGCCAGAAAGAACCCCUCUGAUGCCUCCGAUGAAGAGCUAAACGAUGACCUUCUGCAGAGUGACGAGGACGAAGAAAAUAUCGGUGGACAGGCUGUAUCUCUAAGCCUCAACGCCACUGCUGGACUGAGCUCCUCCUUUGGCCUCAGCGAGGAGCCCCUGGAGGACCCAGACUACUCAGGGGCCCACCAGGGCCUGGGGGAGGAGGACUACGAAGGGGGGGACGGGGCGGAGGGGUACGCGGAAGAGGGCUACGCGGAUCACUACGGCGACCACAGCGCCGGGCUGGCGGAGGACCAGGCGGAGUACGUGGGGGAGCAGGCCGAGGACGGGAUCUACCAGGACGAGGUGUUGGACAUCGGAAUCGAUGAACCUUUAGAUGACGAAUUUCAGGUGGAUGAGUACUCCGCAGGCUACAGCAGUGAGCAGCUCGAGGUGCAGGUGGAGGUGCAGGAUGUACCAGAGAGCGAGGAGGCCGCAGACUCCUCCCACUUCAUGGAGGCUGAAGAGAUGGAGAAUGAAACCGAGCAAGAGGAAGACCUCAAGGAGGAAUCUGACGAAGAGGACGACGAAGACGAAGAGUCGGGUCGGCUGCGCUUCAAAACGGAGCGAAAAGACGUCACGGUCGUGCGGCUGUCGGACGCGACCAGCAAGAGGAGGGACAUUCCGGAAACGUUAGAGCUCUCCGAGGAGGCCAAAGCCCACCUCGCCGAGUUCGAGGAGAAGGAGCGGCAGCGGAGGCAGGGCCGCUUCGGAGGGAGAGGGAGAGGAGGACGAGGAGGGAGAGGAGGAAGAGGCGGCUUCUCUGGCUUCGGCAUGCCGGACUUCAGGUGCGACGGAGGAGGAGGGAGAGGGCGGAUGAACGAACAGAGACCCCCACUCAUGCCAGUGCAGAUGGGCAUGCAGUCCCAGUCCAGGAUGCAGCCGCAGCGCCACCAGCAGCAGUACCAGCCGCCGCCGCGGGGGCCCUUCCACGAGCAGGGCCUGCAGCGGCCCCCGCCCCAGCCCCUCAUCCCCCACCACCUGUCCCACCGCUCGCCCCCCAUGCACGGCGCGCCGCUGCGCCCCCAGAUGGACCCGCCCCGCCUGCUCAGCCCCCCGCCGGCCGCCCUGUCCCCCCAGCAGCCCAAAAACAUCCACAUCAACCCCCACUUCAGAGGCCCCGCCUCCUCCCCUGCACAAGUGCCCUUGAUGCCAGUGCAGAACCAGCCCAGACCUGCUGCGGGUCCCCUGAGAUUCCCGGGACCGGCGGACUUUCAGCAGCAGCAGCAGCAGCAGCACAUGCCCGGAAACUUCAGCCAAACCCCGAGACCCCACCACCCCGAGCCCUGGAGGGGGCCCCCGCCCCCGCCCCCUCAGGAGCGGGAGCCUUUCUUCAUCGGCGAGCCAAGGUUCCCAGGACAGCAUAUGUUUGAUCAACAGAGCCCCGCUCCGCUCAUGAAUAAUAACCACCCCCAUCCUGGCCUCAAUCCCAUGGCUUUCAACCAAUCGGGGCCCGGCUUCAACCAGCAAGGGCCGCAGCCUAUGUUCCAGCGCGAGCCCAUGAGGGCCAACCUCCCGCCCCCGGGGCCCCAGGGGCCCCUGGGCAUGCCCAACCUGGGCCAGCACGGCCCGCCCAACCCCCGCCACUUCCUGCCCCAGCGGCCGCAGUUCCCCCAGCCCGGGCCGCCCCUCCCGCACCAGCACAUGCAGUACGGCAUGCAGGUACGCCCCAGAGGGCUGAUGCACCCUCCACACCAGCAAUCCCAUCAGCACGAGCCGCACGGCCCGCCCCAGCAGCAGCAGCACCCCCCCCAGCAGCGCCACGACCUGCCCCUGCAGCCCCCGCACCUGCAGCAGCACCACCACAUGCACCCCGGCGGGGACCCGCGGCCCAUCAUGCACCAGGGCCAGCAGCCCCCCUUCCGCCCGCAGAUGCACGCCAUCCAGCCGCAGGGCCACGCCCACCCCCGCAUGCAUCAGCAGCAGCACCCCCAGCCCCGCGCCAAUCCCAUCAGGCCCCGAAUGAACUCCCCCUCCCCCAUGCUGAAGCCCUCUCUGCAGCAGAUGCAGGGCCCCCCCCCAGCGCAACAGCAACCUGCGAGAGCUCCCCGUGGCCCCGCCCAGCCCGGGCUUCGGCAGCCCCCGCCCCGCCACCACGCCGCCGCGCAGGUGCGGCCCAUCGCCAGGGCCCAGCCCGCCGCCAGGCUUCCGGAGAGGACCGUGGUCCAGAAGGUGACGAAGGAGGCCCCGGUUCCCCAGCCCGAGCCUCCACAGAAGCCGCAGCCGGAGGAUCCAGAUGAGGAUGAGGAGACCAGGCUGUACAGGCUGAAGAUUGAGGAGCAGAAGAGGCUGAGGGAGGAGAUCCUGAAGCGGAAGGAGCUGAGGAGGCAGAUGCAGGCCGGCAUGAGGAAGAGGGAGCUGCUGGAGAGACUGUCCAGCCAGCAGCAGCAGCAGCAGCAGCAAGAACAGCAACAGCAGCAGCAGCAACAGCAGCAGCAACAGCAGCAACAGCAGCAACAACAGCAGCAACAUCAACAACAGCAGCACCAACAGCAGCAGCAGCACCAACAGCAGCAGCAGCAACAACACCAGCAACAUCAGCAACAACUACAGCCCCCAGACUCCACUGCGCCUUUCAAUGGCACCGGCAUGCCUGGCCCGCCCACCCCUUCCCCCGUCCCCGCCCUCAACCCCACCCCGAGCCCAGCCAACCCUCGGCAGAACGUCAAGACCCGCCUGCAGAUGGGCAGGCCCCAGGGCCAGGGCUUCCCCGGGGGGCCCCAGCAGAGCGUCCGGCCCCUGCACCCGGGCCCCGGGGCCCAGGCCCAGUGGCAGCAGAAGAAGGCCAUGAACCGUCAAGCCCCCAACAGGCCGGGGCCCCAGUUCCCGACCCCCCAGGACCAGGGCAGGCCGGCGGUGCUGGCGGCCGUGCCGGGGGCUGGGCAGGGCCCGGGGGCGGGGCAGGGCCUGGGGGCGGAGCCGAAGACCGGCGUGAAGCGGACGGUGAUGCAGCGGAGCAACAGCAGCGGGGCAGACGCCACGCAGGUCCCUCAGAAAGUGCGGGUGGUCAAGCUGCUGGGAGGGGGCUCAGAGGCCGCCGAUGGGCCCAGCUCCGUACCUCCUCCUCCGCAGCAGCAGAGGAUCCAGCAGGUUCCCCGGCAACCCCCGCCGCUCCGACAGGCCCCAAUCAGGAAGGUCACCAUGGGAACCGCCCCCCUGCAGCAGCUCCAGGCACCCAAGCCCAACCUGCAGCAGCUCGUGCCUCACGCAGGGAGGGGUGGCAUGGGCCCCCCCCAGCAGAACCGGGUGGUGGUGCAGGGCCGGGGCCGGGCGGGAGCGCUCCAGAUGGGCAGGGGCCGCGGCGCGGCCGGCAGGCAGAGCCCCUGCACCGUGUCCAUCGAGGGCCUCUCGUCGUCCACCACCGACGUCCAGCUCAAGAACCUGCUCAAGUCCAUCGGGCCCAUUCAGAUGUUCAAAAUGUUGCCGCAGCAGAGGAAAGCCGUCGCCAAAUUCGUCCACCCCCAGCACGCCUCCAGCUUCCAGCAGAGCUUCCACAGGCACAUGAUAGACCUGUCGCACAUCGAUGUUUCUCUGAUCGAUGGCUGAGCCCGCGCCGAGGACGCCCGCAGGCAGAGGUCGGGGAGAAGCGUCGAGGACCCCGACGGGAGUGCCGCCUCCACGCUGGCCGACGCCCACCAGCCGGCUUCCUGUCGGGACGGCCCGGGGGAAGGAUGGCG